CGACGACCGACGCUGGCCCGUUAAACACCCGAGGAUCGGAACAACACCGCCCACCACAUCCAACACCACCACACACGUUGCCAUUGCCCACUCACUCACUCAUCUACUCCACUCUCCACACCCCAUCCAUGUCGUCGCUCCGAACAGGCCUCCUCCCACAGCUCCUGCGGGCAGCGCACGCCCCGCGUCCGGCUCCAGCCGCCAACGCAUCGCGCUUCUUCUCCACCCCGCCCAAGGCAUCCAGCCUGCACGCCCGCUUCCAGCAGGCCCAGGUGGUUACGCGCGUGCAGGCCCGCCCCAAGCCGCGCGCUUCCAACGCGUUCAUGUACGCCAUCGGCCUCGGCCUCGCCGGCAUCUCCCUCGCGCCGCGUACCAAGCUCGACGCACCCGCCCCUGCUCCCGCCGGCAUCCGCCAGACAUAUGUCAACCCCACCCCGCCUGCCCGUGUCGCCGACGACCCGCCCGUCGAGAGCAUCCUCUCCAUUGGUCAGCUCAGCUUUGGCGCCGUCUGUGGCAUCUCGGCUGGUGUGUUUGUCAAGAAGGGUCUCAAGGCGCUCGCGUUUGCUCUUGGUGGCAUCUACGUUCUCCUCCAGUACCUCUCGUCCAAGAAGUUCGUCUCGGUCGACUGGAACGCCAUCAACAAGAGCUACGACAACCAGAUUGGCACCGUCGGCGCUGACGGCAAGGUCACGUACCCCACCGUCAAGCAGGUGUACAACGGUAUUGUCGACUUCCUGACUGCCAACUUCCAGCCCCAAUGGCACUCGGUCUCCCCUCAUACUCGACCCCUCUCCAUCGCAAUCUUGGAGCUCGCACCGACCUCGGUCACGCUCGCCCUCACGCGUUCCCCACCAGGCAACAGCGCGAGCCCAUCAGGAUCAGCAAACCAUCAUCAUGCGCCGGCACAGCACGUCGUUCACUCGCUAUCACAUCACCAGUCGCACUCGCACUCGCACCACGGACACGCUGGCUCGUCGUCCCAUGCCAACUCGAGCGGCAAGAAGAAGAAGAAGAAACGCGGUGGCGGCGCGUCGGGCGGGAACCUGAACGUGCCCCACGGCGCAGAUAGCGAAGACGGCGGGGACGACGGCGACGAGGACGGGGCCGGCCCGCACGGCUUCAUCCCCGGCGCGUACCCCUUCAGCUCGAUGCUCGCCGACGGCCAGACGUUCAAGGACAUGCUCAGCCACGGUGUCGUGAUCACCGUGGACGGCAUGCCGUGGUCGCGCAUCGUGGCGCAUGUGAGCGACGACGCAGACGACGAGGACGGGUUUGGCGCAGGUACGAACGGCGACGGCGAGGACGAGGACGGCGACUGGGAGGACGACUGGGAGCAUGCCGGCAACGACGAGGACGAGUCGAAUGUGCCCGGCGUGGCGACGGUCGCGCGCCGGCGACGAGGACACCGACAGUCGGCUGGCGCGAGCGAUGCCCACCGGCCGCAUACCAGGCCGACGAGGAGCCACGCCGCCGCCCACGAGAAACAGCCGCGCUGGGACCGCGAGCGCGCUGUCGUCGUCGUGUACGACUUGGAUCCGUCCAAGGAGCACGAGAUUGAGCUGCAGAUUGUCGGGCUGGUCAGCGAGGCCAAGGAGCUUGUACCUGUGUCGAACGCCAUCCUUAUCCCGCCAGUAUCGCCGUCCAACUCUACACUUCAUGCGCGCUCGAGAGCCAACUCGCUGCGGUCCAGAUCAAGACCAAGAUCCAGAUCCAACUCGGUCAACACGGCGCCUCCAGGCCCAUCACCCCUGGGGUCGUCACUGCUGCCUGAACCUCCAUCGUCGCCCGGCAGGACACCGCCCCCGACGUCGGAUGGCCAUGUUGUCCCGACCUCCAUUCUCAGCCCCCAUGACGCCCAGACGGCGCAGACACGACACCUUAUCGCUGCCGCUCACGCCGAGCGAGAGCACUUCCAGCUCCAGAUCAAGGAGGCGCGAAAGACGGCCCAGCGCUCCGAGGCCUCGCUGCGAACCGAGAUCGAGUCGAUGAAGAAGAGCAACGAGAAGGCCGGCAGCAACGACCAGCGCAACAAGCAAAAGUAUCUUGCGCUGCAGGAGCAGGUCAAGCAGGGCUGGGCCGCCGCCGAGACGACCAAUGAGGAGGCAGCCGACAUUCGCAACGGCCUGCCCGAGCUCGAAGCCAAGCUCGCCGUCGUCACAGCCGAGGUCGAGGGUGUGCGCGGCGAGUGGAAGACGGUCAAGCAGGUGGAAGAGGACGCACGGGAAGCGGACAAGAAGAGCCGUGCGGAAGAGGACAAGAAGCUGGCCGACAUCACCGCCAAGAUUGACAAGCUGCGCGCCAAGAAGGAGAAGAAGGAGGCCGAAAAGUGCGAACUGCAGAAGCGCCUAGAGGAUCUCGAGAGGCAGCGCGAGGAGCUCGACCGGCGGGCAGAGGAGGAGCGGUCUCUGCGCCGGCAGGGCUAUUAUCCCGGCUGGCACCAGCCGCACGCUGCGGUUCCAGGCGACUACAACAACCAGUUCGACAACCGGCCGUUAUCCAACCGGCCUUCCUUGACCAAUCUGAACGCGGGGUACACUGGCCCCUCGUUCCGCCCUCGCGGCGGAUUCCAGCAUCGAUUCCCUUCUGGCGGCCGGCCACCAGCCGCGGCACCGCCGGGGCAGUUCUUCCCUGGUGGGGCCUCAUCCUCAAACUGGAACCCUCCACUGCCAAAGGCUGCUGUAGGUGGAGGCUCUCCAGCCCUCGGUCGCGGGCCCUCUGGGUCGGGCACGAACCCGGCUGCCGUGCCGUUCCUCCCCUCUGCGGCGAGUAGCUCGCCUGUCAACUCGACAACCGCGGCCGACUCGGCGCUGCACACGGCACUGAUGCCACCACACCUCCAGCAUAGGAUCUACCUCCCCAACAAUGUGCGCCCGAGGCCGACGCCAAACUUCCACCCACCGCCGUCCGUGCUCGCCGAGCAGGCAGCGCAGGCGGCACCGGCCUCGCCGGUUGGCGGCGCAGGCGCCAAGUCGCCGCUGUCGCAGCCGGCGUUCCCGCCUCUGCCUACCACCGCCCCAGCGGUGCGCCCAGCAGCCGGCGCGACCGGCCCGAGCCUGGCGUCGAUCGUGACGCGCGCAGUGCUCGCGCCGACCAGCCAGGUGCUCGCUGGCCCGGGCCCCGCCCCGAUCGGCAGCGGCAAGCCGCGCACGGCAUCGACGUCGAGCCAGAAGGGCUCGCCGGUGCCGCAGCAGCAGCCUGGGACGGCGUUCCCUCCCCUCUCGCCCACUGCCGCACCGUUCACCUCGCCCCGGACGACUCCGCCGGCCACGACACCACCGGCGCGCGGCGACGGGGCAUGA